CUCAACUGUCAAGUUGAUGUCACCAUCACAAGCGGUAUUUCAUAUUUCAAUCAAUUUCCGCGAGUAAAAAUUGGAAUUUACCGGCCGUUUUUAUAAUUCUUGAUACUCUUUGCUUACUUUGGUCGGAAUCGUAAAUGUAUUCGUAAUUUCAAAUUAGUGCUUGUUUAUCGAAGCAGUCGACAGAAGUGUCAGGCUGUAUUUGUGUGUAAACAAGCUUGGAUAACCUCUACCGCACGAUGGCAGACGACGAUUUCAGUAAAUUAUUGCAACAAGCUGAACAAUUAACGACUGAAAUAGAAGGCAAUGAGGAGCUACCUAGAGUUGAACGUUCCUUAGGCCAGGUGCUUGAGGCGUCGCAGGAGCUAUACUCAAGAGUUAUCCAGUCGGGCGCGAACGAUAUACAAGCGCAUCUUUUGUUCGGUUCAAAAGGAAUUGAUUUACAACAGAUAUCCCAAAAACUCGAAACACUAAGUUCUAAGAGGACUUUCGAGCCACUACAACCUAUUGCUGACUCUGAUAUUGAAAGCUUUCUAAGGAAUGAGAGAGAAAAUGCUAUUUUAUCACUAAUUGAUGAGGUCAACAAAAAUUCACUACAAACUACUGAAGACCAAAAAUGGGAACACAUGUUAUCAGAAUGGAACAGAGAAAAGAUAAAGUUGAUGAAUGCUAUGAUUGGCCCGUCUCAAAACUGGCUGGAUCUCAAGAGGACCCCUGAGCCACCAAGUAUUGCGGACACACCCAAGAAGUUUGGUCAUUCCAUGCUGGAUAACAUAGAGGCUGCAUAUGCUCGACAAGUUCAUCAGUACAACAAGCUGGUGUUCCAAGGGUCUAAGUCGAGGACAGCCUUGCAUCUGAAGUUUGCCCAAGUUGCUGAGGAAUUUAAUGAUGCAAAAGUUAAAGAAAUGUGGGAGAUAAUUAAGACAAUGGCCAAUAUACCAGCUCUCGUGAGAGAUGAGGAUCCUCUCAAGGCCAGAGGAAAUCCCACCAUACAACAGUGUCUUGUUGCUCAAGGCAAGAAAUACUUAGAGAAAAGAUACAAACUAUACAUGAGUGAUGUAGUGAGAUCCAACCCAUCAGCAGCUAUGCGAGGCGGAGAGCCAGGCACAUAUCCUCUCGUGCGAGGUUUCGUAGGCCUCCGCUUACAGGGACAGAAUGUGCAGGUGUUGACAGAUGGUGUUAUUGAUGAGCGCCCGCUCUGGCCCAUGGUUUACUACUGCCUGAGAAGUGGUGAUGCCAAUGCGGCCCUGCACUGCUUGAGGAAGGCCGGCCGAGACCAUGAAGAAUUCAUCUCUGCUCUGGAAGAAUACAUAAAGAAUCCCGAGAAACCUUUGAGUGAUAAAUUACAAACUGCCAUAAAUUUCCAAUAUAGGAUACAAGUGCGCAACUCUACAGACCCUUACAAAAGAGCUGUAUACUGCAUAAUUGGUUGUUGUGAUCUCAGCGAUGAGCAUUACGAAGUGGCGCGCACAGCCGACGAUUAUCUCUGGCUGAAGCUUUCCUUCAUCAAAUCGCGCACCAACAACGAGACUGAAUCAUUCUCAUAUUCUGACCUGCAGAAAAUGAUUUUAGAAGAAUAUGGAGAAACACAUUACCAUGCUUAUGAGAAACCAGUAGUGUAUUUCCAAAUGCUGACAUUGACUGGCCAGUUUGAACCAGCAAUUGAAUUCUUGUCAAGAAUUCCAAGGUUCCAAGUACAUGGUGUGCAUAUGGCAUUGGCACUUCAUGAUGUUUACAUGUUAGGAACUCCUCGUAAUGUUCAAGCUCCCUUAUUAUCUGUGGACACGGACGACCCGUCGCCGCUCCGACGUCUGAAUUUGGCUAGACUACUGCUGUUGUAUGUCAGAAAGUUUGAGCUCACAGACCCAUCAGAUGCCCUACAUUAUUACUUCUUCCUGAGGAACCUCAAAGAUCCCAGUGGCAAGAACUUAUUCAUGUGCUGCUGUACUGACCUAGCACUCGAGAGUCGCGACUACGACCUCCUGUUUGGUCGGAUGGACGCACUCACCGGACUGCGUAGCUCCGGCCUAUUGGAUCAAUUCAAUAACCCACAUAUUGAUAGCAAAGUGAUAGCUCUGAAUGUAGCAGAACAGCUAGUGAACAAAGGAUUAUUUGAAGAUGCCAUUACCAUGUAUGACAUUGCAGGAAACUUGGAGAAGGUUCUAGAACUAUUCUGCGUGCUGUUAGCGCAAGUAGUGAACAGCGGAGGAGGCGCGGGUGGUCUGCGACAACGCCUGUCGUUGUUGGCCGAGCACGUCUCUAGGAGACUGCGCUCGGCCGACGGCACUGCGCUGCCUGCCGCUCUAGUGGAGGCUUACACUAAGCUGUGCAAGCUCAUGACAUUCUUCGAUCAGUUCCACAACGAGAAUUAUGAAGGAGCACUUGAGACGUUGCGUGACUGUGAGCUGGUGCCGCUGAGCGCUCGCGAGCUGGAGGCGCGCGUGUCGGCGGCGCGGACUGCGCGCGGCGAGCUCCUGCGCAGCCUGCCCGCCGUGCUGCGCGCGCUCUGCACCAUCCUGCUGGCGCAGCGACAGCGUCUGCGCACCGCCGCGCACUCGCAGCCGCUCGCCGCGCAGAAUAAUAAGCAAGUGGAAUGGCUUCGUGAACAAGCGGAAGUUCUGAACACAUUCGCGGGUAACAUAGCGUACAGAAUGCCCGGCGAUACCUACAGUCAGUUGGCGCAAAUGCAAAUACUGAUGCAUUAAAUUAAGUCUUGUAUUUUAGAAAAGGUCAUUUUCAUUAUGUAUUAAAUAUUUUCGUAUAA